UUAUUCCAGACGGAUCGAACCGAAUCUAUUUCUUCAACCAUUAAUAAAAUUUAAUUCUUAAAAAUUGCCAAAGAUGUGUUAGUACUUGUUCGGUUUUUCUGGUUCGUUUACGGAUUACAGAGUGCUUGUAAAAUUAUUUUUGUACCGAUUUCUUUUUUGUAGAAGUGACUCGCAUUUGUACUAAUUUAAACACAUUUGUAAUAAUUUUGUGCGGUGCGCUUCUGCAUCGUCGUCUUCGUGGAGGAGGAAUCGGCGUUCGACGCGCUGCAGGCCGGCCUCGUGGUGCAGGAGCAGCGCGUGGCCAUGGAGCCGCGCCGGUCGCCGGACGGCCACCCGCACCCGCCGCGGCUGCCCCGCGACACGCCCACGCCCCUCAUCGUCCAGCGCGCCCCCGGUGGCCGCGGCGUCCCCCUGUCCGUGCUGCCGGCGGGGGUGCCGGUCCUCAGCCAAGAAGAGGCUUACGAGCACCACCGCACGGGACGGCCCCCGGGGGCGGUGGCCUUCCGCGCCCCCGUCCUCCACAGCUGGCUGGAGCUGGUGGAAAAGAAGCAGCAGCUGGCGGUGCCCGUGGUGCCGCUGGCCGGGGAGGCCGUCCAGCGGAAGAAGGCGCUCCACCACAAAUUCUCCUUUCUCACCGAGACGGAUGAU